AUGAUGCAAAGAACAUAUUCUCUAAGAUCCGCAAGAGCUCCAACCGCUUCUGAUCUCCAGAGUCCGAUUGUUGUUCCCCCAUCAUCCACCAAGAAGAAUAGAUUCUUUGGUGCCGGCUCUAUUGCAAAUUCUAUCAGAAGAAACGCUGCUGGUUCAUUUGGUCCUGCUCUGGCUAGGAAGUUGGCCCAGCUUGUUAAAAUGGAGAAAAACGUGAUGAGGGCAAUGGAGGUUUCCUCUCACGAGAGAAAGGCUGCCGCUAAGCAAUUGUCGCUUUGGGGAGCUGAGAAUGAGGAUGACGUGUCAGAUAUCACAGAUAAACUAGGUGUCCUCUUAUACGAGAUUGGUGAAUUGGAGGACCAAUUUGUUGACAGGUACGAUCAGCACAGAAUCACUUUAAAGAGUAUCAGAGACAUUGAGGCAUCUGUCCAACCAUCACGUGACCGGAAGGCAAAGAUUACCGAUCAGAUUGCCUACCUUAAAUACAAGGAUCCACAGUCUUCUAAGAUUACUAUCCUCGAACAGGAAUUGGUGAGAGCAGAGGCUGAAUCUUUGGUUGCCGAGGCACAGUUGUCGAACAUCACCAGAGAAAAGCUUAAGGCUGCAUUUUCUUAUCAAUUUGAUUCUAUAAGAGAGCAUUCCGAGAAGGUUGCACUUAUUGCUGGAUACGGUAAAGCACUUCUUGAAUUGUUGGAUGACUCUCCUGUUACACCUGGUGAAACUAGACCUGCAUAUGAUGGUUAUGAGGCAUCAAAGCAGAUUAUCAUGGAUUGUGAGAACUCUCUUGCAUCGUGGACUCUGCAGUCUGCUCAGGUUAAGCCAACUUUGAGCUUUAAGGCUGCUGAUGGUCAAGCGUAUGAUGAAGAUGAGCUAGCUGAGGAUGUUGAUAAUCUGCAUGUCUCUAGUGAUCACUGGGAGGAGGGUCAAAAGGAUGAUAAACUUGAGGAGCCUGCAAAAGAGGCUGCCUAA